AUGCAUACCGGGUUCAGCUAUGACGAUUUAACGAACUACAAAACAAGAAACGCACCAACCUUCACCCAAAACAUAGACUACAUGUCAGAACACACCAUCAACGAAUAUAAUUUGCAUCAAUGCUGGAAGCGUAAUAAUUCACUCAGGGUGCGGUCCCAAAAGGACGAUAUCAGUUCAGUGAUACCGUCGAGUGCUUCCAGGCGGUUGGAAAAUGCCUGUUGGAGAAGGUGGUACAAGCAAAUGAGGCAAUUACCCGAGGUAUCACCUAGCUGUAUCAAUUGGAAGAAGGAUGAAGAUAUCACUUGGUUAUACGGCCCCAAGUUUGACACUGAUAAUUUCAAUUUAUGCUCGGACAAUUUAUCGGUUGGCGCCUGUGAUUCUGCGAGUGCGAAGUGCGACUCCAGACAUAGCUCGGUAACCUCCUUAUCGUCAACAUCCUCACUUCGCACUAUGGACAGUGAUAUUUCAAUGGAUUUCGAUCAGCCGCAGGAUCCUCGGACCAGGACCGCCUCAAAAUCUAAACCCUUCAAAAAGGUCAAAUUUAGCUACAUAAUAAACUCUCGUGAAAUCAUAAAUGGAAUGUCCAUUGACUACGGUUUUUUGGACGAAAUGUGUUUAUAG